UCCUUGUUACCAGCAGCUCACUCGUUUGCUUGUAGAUUAUUGGCAGUGGACUAUUUUGCUUCUUCGAGAUCAGUUCCAGGCUGUCAUGAGUGCAGCAGGCACCGACAUCGAGGAAGAGUAUCCCCUAGACCUGCAGAAUGAGAAGAAAUCGUCGAUUGAUGAAUACCCGACUGAGAGUCGCAACACAUUUAGCAAGGGUUUGGGCGGGCGGAAGAAGGUCGGCGAGCACGACAGCAUCAGGUCGUGUCCGAAAGCAAGGCAUUCCAGUGGGCCUGUCUUGCAGGAGAAAAAUUCACUGCCCAACACCUGCACCAAGGGUGAUCUAAUCAAGCGUGCUUUUACCUGUCCACCGCACGGCAAGGUUGGCGAGGUGCUGACGUACGUAGCCCUGCUGCUGCUGACGUGGGGGGCGCUCUACGCCAUCACUGGGGACGCCUCCCUCCCCGGCGGCAACCUCUUUUCCCUCCUCGUCGUUUUCGUCUGCUCUGUGAUCGGCGGGAAAAUAACUGAAGCGUGCGGAUUACCCCCACUCCUGGGGAUGCUGCUGGCGGGGAUAGCGUUGAGGAGCUUCCCGGGGAUCAGGAUCAUUGGGGAGAGUCUCGACCUCAACUACUCCGCCUCCAUCAGGAACAUAGCGCUGGUGGUGAUCCUGCUUCGGGCCGGUCUGGGCCUGGACCCUAAAGCCCUCAAGGCCAUGUCGCUCGUGGUCUUCAGACUCGCCUGUGUGCCCUGCCUCGUCGAAGCCAUCGUGGGUGCCAUCGUCUCGCACUUCCUCCUCGGCUUCCCUUGGCUUUGGGGAUUCAUGCUUGGGUUCGUGUUGUCUGCGGUGUCGCCGGCGGUGGUGGUGCCGUGCCUGCUGCAGUUGUCGCAGCAGGGCUACGGCGUCGACAAGGGCAUCCCCACCCUCGUCAUCGCGGCGGCCAGCAUCGACGAUGUUAUCGCCAUCUCAGGCUUCGGCGUGAUGCUCGGCAUGACUUUCUCUGAAGGAUCGUUGACGUGGCAAAUCCUGCAUGGGCCAUUGGAGGUGGUGAUGGGUUUGUCGUACGGGGCCGUGAUGGGCUUCAUCUGCUGGAUCUUGCCGAACAAACAACAGCAGAGCUGCUCAUUACUGCAGUUCGGUAUGCUUCUCACUGCCGGGCUUUUCGCACUCUUCGGAUCUCGGAAGAUCGAAUUUGGAGGCGCAGGAGCCUUAGCGGUGCUUAGCAUGGCUUUCAUUGCGGGCGUUGGGUUCAGGCGGCAGGGCGAGGCCGACGGCGAUAAAAUUCUUGUGGGGCAGCACUGCAACGUCGCCUGGGGCUACCUCCAGCCCAUGCUGUUUGCUCUCAUUGGCACGGAGAUACAAGUUCUGAGUCUGGAACUUGGUACAGUCGGACUCGGGGUUGCCCUGUUGUGCAUCAGCCUGACGUGUCGCGUGGUGACGACCUUCUUCGUGGUGCUCGGCAGCGGCCUGAACAUCAGGGAGCGAUUCUUCGUCGCCCUCGCCUGGCUACCAAAAGCAACAAUUCAGGCUGCGAUCGGAUCAACAGCGCUGGACUACGCCGUGCGCAUAGGGGCUGGUGAACAUGAGAUCGCUCUUGCCAAACAGGUGCUGACCAUCGCAGUGCUGGUGAUCUUAAUCACGGCGCCCAUCGGGGCCAUCGCCAUCAUGACCUCCGCCCCCAGACUCUUGCAGCGUCCGCGUCAGCCUGCGUCCUCUGACACAGUCUAAAACGUCGCUUGCCGCCUUAUUUACUCUUUUUUAUAACACACUACCUGUAUUCAUUUUUUUGUUCUCAGUUGAUAUUGUAUUCACUCAAAUUGUUUUCUCAUGUCUUAUCGUUAUUGAGGCGAACUAAGCCACACUUUUUUUUCACCCAAAUAUAAUAGUGUUGGUGAAAAACGCCAAAGGGACAGGAGCGUUUACUCAAAAGUCUUGGUUGCAUGGAGGCAAUGAAUUUUCCUCAAUA